AUGGCGAGGAACCUCAGCACACUGGAAAUCCUCUUGAUCAUUUUCAAUGUGGUUGUGGUGGCAGUAGACAUCCUUUUGUUCCUUCUUGUGCUGGAGAACCCUUCAGAUUCAUUUACUCCUCAGUGCCCAGACAUCCCUGAAUCAGAAAGAAUAGACUGCGCACCGGGCCAGGUGGUGACAGAGGAUGUCUGCCGAUGGCAGCAUAAAUGCUGCUGGAAGCCAGUGGCAGAUGCCAAAGUCCCUGCAUGCUUCUUCCCCAGGAACUGGGGUUACGAAGUCACCAAGGUCCUUAAUGAUACAGGCACAGGGUUGACUGCUCAGUUGAAAGCACUGCCAACCCCAUCUCUUUUUGGAGAUGAUAUCACUGAUGCCCUCUUUACAGCUGAAUACCAGACAUCCAAUCGUUUUCAUUUUAAGAUCACGGACCUCAAUGAGGCACGCUAUGAAGUCCCUCAUGAAAACAUCAACCUCAUGAAUGAGACUGCAGAUGCAUCCAUUUUAAGCUACUACAUAGAGGUCAUCAAUAAGCCAUUCAGCAUCAGGGUACUGCGGAAGAGCAACAACAGAGUCUUGUUGGACACAGGGAUUGGGCCUCUCCAAUUUGCCCAGCAGUACCUGCAGCUGUCUUUCCGACUGCCCAGCUCCAACGUGUACGGGCUGGGGGAACAUGUGCAUCAGCAGUACCGACACAACAUGAGCUGGAACACCUGGCCCAUCUUCACCAGGGAUGCCACUCCCACAGAGGGUAUGAUUAAUCUGUAUGGAGCACACACAUUCUUCUUGUGCCUUGAAGACACCAGUGGGGCUUCUUUUGGAGUUUUUCUGAUGAACAGCAAUGCCAUGGAGGUCACACUUCAGCCUGCUCCUGCCAUUACUUACCGCACGACCGGAGGCGUCCUUGACUUUUACAUCUUCCUGGGAAAUACACCAGAGCAAGUGGUUCAGGAGUACCUGAAGGUUGUUGGGCGACCAUUCUUGCCUUCCUAUUGGAGCCUGGGCUUCCAUCUCAGCCGCAGGGAUUAUGGUGGCAUUGAUGGAUUGAGACAGGUUGUACAGCGAAACCGUGAUGCUGAAAUCCCAUAUGAUGUGCAAUACUCGGACAUAGACUACAUGGAUGGAGGAAGAGAUUUCACUAUUGAUGAACGGGCUUACCCUCAGCUCUCAGAUUUUGCUAAGGACCUACAUAAAAAUGGGCAGAAAUAUGUAAUUAUUCUGAACCCUGGCAUCCUCAAGAACCAGAGCUAUGAGGCCUACAAGAAUGGAAGCAGGAAUGGAGUGUGGAUCAUGAGCUCCAGUGGCUUUGCUGUUGGGGAGGGUUACCCAGGACAGUCAGUCUUUCCCGACUUUACCAAUCCGGCCUCAGUUCUGUGGUGGACCCAGCAGCUCAGUGACUUUCACAGCCAGCUGGAGUUUGAUGGUGUGUGGAUUGAAAUGGAUGAACUGGCUAUACUUCCGCAAGACCCCAACCAGAAGUGCGACUCAAACGGCUUGAACUUCCCUCCGUUCACACCCAGUGUCCUGGAUGGCUCUCUGUUCUCAGGCACUCUCUGCAUGGACACAGAGUUUUACUCAGGCCUCCACUACGACGUCCACAGCCUGUAUGGCCACACCAUGGCAAGAGCCACAGACUUGGCCCUGGGGACUGUCUUCUCUUCCAGUAGGAGCUUGAUCUUAUCACGUUCUACCUUUGCCGGGUCUGGCAAGUUUGCUGCUCACUGGCUGGGAAACAAUUCAGCCGCCUGGGAUGAUCUCAGAUGGUCCAUCCCCAGCAUCCUCGAGUUUAACCUAUUUGGCAUCCCCAUGGUUGGGGCCAACAUCUGUGGCUAUAGAAACAAUGUCACAGAAGAACUCUGCACAAGGUGGAUGCAACUUGGAGCAUUUUACCCACUGUCCAGGAAUCACAAUGGUCCUCAGUACAAGGACCAGGACCCUGCUGCCUUUGGCCUUAAUUCUGUGCUGUUGCAAUCCUCAAGACAUUAUUUGAGCAUCCGUUAUACCUUACUGCCUUAUCUCUACACCCUCUUCUACCGUGCUCACACACUGGGGGAGACAGUAGCAAGACCCCUGGUACAUGAGUUCUAUCAGGACCCAGCUACAUGGGAUUUACAUGAGCAAUUCUUAUGGGGACCUGGACUCCUCAUCACACCUGUGUUAUAUGAAGGCAUGGACCAAGUGAAAGCCUAUAUCCCAGAUGACAUCUGGUAUGACUAUGAGACAGACCUGGCCAUCCAAUGGAGGAAACAAUUUGUAGACAUGACACUACCAAAUGACAGGAUAGGGCUUCAUCUUCGAGGUGGCUACAUAUUUCCCACCCAGCAACCAAACACAACCACAGAGGCCAGCCGGAAGAAUCCCUUGGGACUCAUUGUUGCCUUGGAUUAUAAGAGAGAAGCAAAAGGCCAGUUGUACUGGGAUGACGGUGUGUCUAAAGGCACAGUAUCUGAAGAGGAGUACAUCCUCUACGAUUUCUCUGUUACUUCUAACCAUUUACAGGCAAAAAUUAUAAAUGGUAAUUAUGUGGAUCCUAACGACCUCAUGUUCACAGACAUCAAAGUCUUGGGGAUGGACAAAGAACCAACUGAUUUUAAUGUCUCUUAUAAUGACAUUAUCACUCCCAUUUCAAGCUACAACUACAAUGAAUCAACGAAGGUGUUGACCAUGUAUAACCUCACAGGACUGAAACUGGGACAAGAAUUCUCCAUUAAGUGGAAUUUUGUAGUCAGUGACCUGGAGAAGUUUAACUGCUUCCCUGAGGAUCCUGCAGUAUCCGAGGAGAGCUGCAAGCAGCGGGGGUGCCUUUGGGAGCACACAGCUACUCCUGGAGUGCCUACCUGUUUCUACGACACCAUUCCCCAGUAUGCUGCUAGUAACAUCCAGUACCAGGCCACAGGCAUCUCCAUGGAACUGACCCUUCUGGCAAACUCAACAUCUGCCCGGGCAGCAGCAGCUCCAAGUGUUGUCUCUGAUCCUCUUUCUGGAAGGGUCAGCUCUCUAAAACUGAGUGUGACUUACCAUACAGAAAACAUGCUGCAGUUCAAGAUUUACAGCUCCACCAGCAAAAGGUAUGAGGUCCCAGUACCUCUGAACAUCCCUCCUUCACCUCUUGGCUCUUCUGAGAACUGCUUGUAUAAUGUCACGGUGAAGACCAACCCGUUUGGACUCCAAAUUAGACGUAAAAGCUCCAGGACUGUGAUUUGGGAUUCUCAGCUCCCUGGCUUCACCUUCAAUGAGAUGUUCCUUUCCAUUUCAACUCGGCUUCCCUCUCCGUACAUCUAUGGCCUCGGGGAAUCAGAGCACACAUCUUUCAGAAGGAACAUGAGUUGGAACAUAUGGGGAAUGUUUUCUCGGGAUGAGCCACCAUCUUACCAGAAGAAUUCCUAUGGUGUUCACCCUUAUUAUAUGGCAUUGGAAGAUGAUAGCAAUGCCCAUGGAGUGCUCCUGUUGAACAGCAAUGCCAUGGAUGUGUCACUCCAGCCCACCCCUGCCCUGACAUACCGCACCACAGGAGGGAUUCUGGACUUCUAUAUGGUUCUGGGGCCGACUCCUGAACUCGUAACUCAGCAAUACACCCAGUUGAUUGGUCGGCCAGCCAUGAUUCCAUACUGGGCCUUAGGUUUCCAGCUGAGUCGCUAUGGAUACCAGAAUGAUGCUGAAAUUGCCGAAUUAUAUGCAGAAAUGAUGGCAGCCCAGAUGCCCUAUGAUGUCCAGCAUGUAGACAUCGAUUACAUGGACAGGAAGCUGGACUUCACCCUCAGCCCAAGCUUUCGAAAUCUCAGUUCCUUGAUUAAUGAAAUGAAGGCAAAUGGCAUGAGAUUCAUUCUCAUUCUGGACCCAGCCAUUUCUGGAAAUGAGACACACUAUCUCACAUUCACUCGAGGACAGGAAAACAAUGUGUUCAUCAAAUGGCCUGACUCCAAUGACAUUGUCUGGGGCAAGGUUUGGCCAGAGUUGCCCAAUGUUAAUGUGGAUGAAUCUCUCGACCAUGAGACUCAAGUUAAGCUGUACAGGGCCUAUGUUGCUUUUCCUGACUUCCUGCGUACCAGCACAGCUGCGUGGUGGAAGAAAGAGAUAAAAGAGCUGCAUGCAAAUCCUCGGGAGCCAGAGAAGAGCUUGAAGUUUGAUGGCCUGUGGAUCGAUAUGAAUGAGCCUUCAAACUUUGUGGAUGGAGCUGUCUCAGGCUGCCGCAAUGAACUUCUCAAUAAGCCGCCCUACAUGCCAUAUGUGGAAGGCAGGGACAGGGGCCUGAGCAGCAAGACUCUGUGCAUGGAGAGCGAGCAGAUCCUUCCAGAUGGCUCCCGGGUGCAGCACUAUGAUGUGCACAGCCUGUACGGGUGGUCCCAGACCAGACCCACCUACGAAGCCGUGCAGGAGGUGACAGGAGAGAGGGGGAUCGUCAUCACACGCUCCACAUUCCCCUCCUCUGGACGCUGGGGAGGACACUGGCUGGGAGACAACACAGCGGCCUGGGACCAGCUGGGGAAGUCCAUCAUCGGCAUGAUGGAGUUCAGUCUCUUUGGAAUAUCUUAUACAGGGGCAGACAUUUGUGGGUUCUUUGGAGAUGCUGAGUAUGAGAUGUGUAUCCGCUGGACGCAGCUGGGAGCAUUUUAUCCUUUCUCCAGGAACCACAACACGGCUGGGACGAGGAGACAAGAUCCUGUGGCCUGGGAUUCAGCCUUUGAGGAGUACUCAAGAAAAGUUUUGAGGACCAGAUACUCCCUGCUGCCUUAUCUGUAUACCCUGAUGCACAAAGCCCAUGCUGAAGGCAGCACUGUCGUCAGACCUCUUCUCCAUGAGUUCACAGAAGACAGUACCACAUGGGUCAUAGACCACCAGUUCAUGUUGGGCCCAGCCAUCCUGAUCAGCCCUGUUCUGCAAAGUAACACAUUUAAGGUCCAUGCUUAUUUCCCCAGAGCCCGGUGGUAUGACCAUAGCACGGGAACCGGCCAAGAGUCAUUAGGUGAAUGGAGGGACCUUCCUGCUCCUCUGGACCACAUUAACCUUCAUGUCAGAGGAGGCUACAUCCUGCCUUGGCAAGAGCCUGCAAUGAACACUCACUACAGUCGAAAAAAUUUUAUGGGAUUGACUGUUGCUUUGGAUGAUGCUGGGAAGGCUGAAGGUCAGCUGUUUUGGGAUGAUGGACAAAGCAUCGAUACAUAUGAAAAGGGAAACUAUUUCUUGGCUACCUUUAUAGCAGCACAGAGCACCUUGAAAAUCCAGGUCCUACAUAAUCAGUACCUGAGUGGCUCAAAUUCAGUGAAAAUUGGAUACAUUAGAAUCUGGGGUUUAAACUCUACUUAUGUGGUACAAGUCCGUUGUACCUAUAACAACCAGCAAUUCAUCCAGAACAAUUUUACAAGUGACCCCUACAAUCAGACACUAACAAUUCAACUGACUGAACACAGUAUGAAGCUGGAGGAGCUGACUGAAGUUAUUUGGGAUUAUGGAGAUCCUACACUUCCAACCCCAAACACAACCAGUGUAUUCCCCACAAGCCCUUACCCACCUGUAUCUAGCACUGAAACUGUGAGCACUUCUCCUCACACAAACACAACUGAGCCAACAACUACUUUCACAACCACACUUCCUGAUACAACUAUACCUCCUACUGCUAACACUACUGCUACAAAUCCUUUCACAACCACAGUUCCUGAAACAAGUACUGGUGACAACACAACUGGUACCAUAUUCCCUGGCAUAACUACACCUUUCCCUACAAGUCCUCCUAUUGCUAACACAACUGCUGAGAAUCCUUUCACAACAAAAGCUCCUGGAACAAGUACUAUUGGCAACACAACAAUCUCCACAUUUCCAGUCAUAACUACACCUUUCUCUCCAAGUCCUCCUACUGUUAACACAACCACUGUGAACCCUUUCACAACCUCUCCUGAAACAAGUACUGUUGACAAUGCAACUGGUACCAUGUUUCCAAACAUAACUACACCUUUCUCUCCAAGUCCUCCUACUGUUAACACAACCAAUGUGAACCCUUUCACAACCACAGAUUCUAACACAAGUACUGGUGACAGCACAACUAGUGCCACGUAUCCUAACACAACUACACUUUUCACAUUCACUCCUGAAACAAGUACUGGUGACAAUGCAACUGGUACCAUGUUUCCAAACAUAACUACACCUUUCGCUACAAGUCCUCCUUCUGUUAACACAACCGAUAUGAAUCCUUUCACAACCACAGAUUCUAACACAAGUACUGGUGACAGCACAACUAGUGCCACGUAUCCUGACACAACUACACUUUUCACAUUCACUCCUGAAACAAGUACUGGUGACAAUGCAACUGAUUCUAACACAAGUACUGGUGACAGCACAACUAGUGCCACGUAUCCUGACACAACUACACUUUUCACAUUCACUCCUGAAACAAGUACUGGUGACAAUGCAACUGAUUCUAACACAAGUACUGGUGACAGCACAACUAGUGCCACGUAUCCUGACACAACUACACUUUUCACAUUCACUCCUGAAACAAGUACUGGUGACAAUGCAACUGGUACCAUGUUUCCAAACAUAACUACACCUUUCUCUACAAGUCCUCCUACUGUUAACACAACUGAUAUGAAUCCUUUCACAACCACAGAUUCUAACACAAAUUCUAACACAAGUACUGGUGACAGCACAACUAGUGCCACGUAUCCUGACCACAACUACACUUUUCACAUCAUCCUGAAACAAAUUCUAACACAAGUACUGGUGACAGCACAACUAGUGCCACGUAUCCUGACACAACUACACUUUUCACAUUCACUCCUGAAAACAAGUACUGGUGACAAUGUAACUGAUACCAUGUUUCCAAACAUAACUACACCUUUCUCUCCAAGUCCUCCUACUGUUAACACAACCAAUGUGAACCCUUUCACACCUACUCCUGAAACAACUACUGUUGACAAUGCAACUGGUACCAUAUUUCCAAACAUAACUACACCUUUCUCUCCGAGUCCUCCUUCUGCUAACACAACUGAUAUGAAUCCUUUCACAACCACAGAUUCUAAUAUAAGUACUGGUGACAACAUGACUAGUGCUAUGUAUCCUGACACAACUACACCUUUCACACCCACUCCUGAAACAAGUAAUGGUGACAACACAACUGGUACCAUGCUUCCCACCAUAAUUACAACUUUACCUACAACUCUUCCUACUGCUAACACUACUGCUGUUAAUCCUUUCUCAACCACUGAUUCUAAUACAAGUACUGGUGACAGCACAACUGGCAUCAUGUAUCCUGACACAACUACACUUUCCCCUACAACUCUUCCUACUGCUAACACUACAACAGCUUCUAAUACCAGUACUGUUGACAACACAGCUGGUACCAUGUUUCCCACCAUAAGUACAAUUACACCCUUCUCUACAAGUCCUCCUACUGCUAACACAACUGAUGUGUAUUCUGUCACAACCAUAGCUCCUGAAACAACUACUACUGACAACACAAUUGGCACCAUACUUCCUGGCAUAACUAUACCUUUCCCUACAAGUCCUUCUACUACCAACACUACUGAUGUGAAUCCUUUCACAACCACAGCUGCUAAUAUAAGUAUUGGUGACAACACAACUGGUACCAUAUUUCCUGGCAUAACUACACCUUUCCCCACAAAUCCUCCUACUGCUAACACUACUGAUGUGAAUCCUUUCACAACCACAGAUUUUAAUACAAGUACUAUUGGCAACACAACUGGUACCAUGUUUCCUUCCAUAACUACACCUUUCUCUACAAGUACUCCUUCUGUGAAUCCUUUCACAACCACAGAUUCUAAUACAAGUAUUGGUGACAGCACAACUGGUGGCACAUAUCCUGACACAACUACACUUUUCCCUCCAAGUCCUCCUACUGCUAGUGCAACAGUUACUAAUAUAAGUACUGUUGACAACAUAACAGGCACCAUAUUUCCUGACCCAACUACAACUUUCCCUAUACGUCCUCCUGCUGCUACCACUACUGAUGUUGUUCCUUUCACAUCCAUAGCUGCUGAAACAAGUACUGUUGACAACACAACUGGUACCUCAUUUCCUGACAUAACUACACUUUUCCCUGGGAGUCCUUCUACUGUUAACACUGCUGAUGGGAUCCCUGUCACGACCACAGCUCCUGAGACAAGACAUGUUGAAAACAUCACCAAUGCAAAUAAAUCCAGCAGUGCCACAGGCAACAGUACACACGUUGUAAAUUCAGAUGCCAUGAUUUCAGAUACAGCUUUCACAGAUGCAGAAACUCAUUUGGUAACACAGUAUGCGACAGCCAGUUAUUUACCCACUUAUAUAGCCAGUGUUACCACUAAUACUACAAACAGAACCACAUAUGCUUUAACUGCGACCACUUCCAAUAGAACAGUGAUUGACGUGUCUGCCAAUGACUCUGCAUCCACUGGGGAUGCUAUAAACUCUAUGCUAGUGCCACAAUCACACUCAAGGAUCGAGUGCAGUGGUUCUCAACUUUCCUAA